UGACCGGGAGCGCACCUAAUACAGUAGGCUAGGUUGCCUGUGCACACAACCUAAUACAGUAGGCUAGGCUGCCUGUUGGCUAAAGGUGGUUGUGUUACUGCCACAGGGCUGAUGGAGAAUAUCCACAUAUUAAGCAUGGUCGUUAGUUUAUAGUAUUAUGUUAUAGCAUUUUAAACGUCUCAUCAGAACCCGUGAUUGCCUAUGUUGGUCUAAUAUCGCCUAUAACUCUAAACAGUGUUACGCAACAUUUGCAGAGAGUUUAGUUGCAUCAAUUAAUUUAGGCUAACAUUUCCUCUGUCGCUUGUCCCAAGUUGUUUCCAUAUUUCUUACUUUGUCCUAUAAGUUGAGAGUUCCUGAUCUUUGAACACUCAGUGUAUUAACUCAGCAAAAACCCGUGACAGAGCAGUAGCUAUCGGAAAAAGAACUGAACUGUCCCGACUGUAUCCACAUUCCGAUAAACUAGUUCUAAUAUCCUUCCUGGAGGUAGAGCGGCUCUUUCCGGGUACCCUCCUCUCCCCUUUUCCCACCUUUGCUCUCGUUCUGUCUCUCUUUACGUUCGGGGAUACAAAGUAACUAACAAACUAUUCGGUUGUGGGAAAACUACGGGUCUGUCGUCUCAGAAUAUUGCUGCUUAAUAUCAACGUUGUAACAUAUGUGUAAGAGAAGAGACGCCAGAGUGGCGCGUUUGGAGCUGGGAGAAGCCUCCUCUUGCCUGCUUUGUUAAGUACUCGAGUGAGGGCUGUUUUUCACCGAGACGUCUUUGCGCGGAUAACUAUUAUCAACGCUGCAACGAUGGCAAUGCAGAAUGUUGGUGGAGGGUGGAUAGAGGCUCAGAAUUCCAGAGGAGAAAGUGGGCUGGUUCCGGAAGACUACUUACAGGUUGCUAACGGCGGCGACUCUUGGUCUGUGGGAGGAGCUUACACCAACGACACAACCGAUGGGUGGGACACCCAGGGAUACACACAGACCCAACAUAAUGCAGGUGAGGAUGAUGAUGGUGAGUGGGAUGAAGAGUGGGAUGAUGCCAGAUCAACAGGGGGUUAUGGUGACGCCACAGGGGAGGAGGAAGGAGAGGCGACAGGAUGUAACACACACACACACAUGAAGAUAUCCCUCAACAAGUUUGCCUUCUCUAAGACUCCCAACCCAGAGGUGUACCUACUGGCUAAACUACCACCGAAAGGCAAAGACAGACUGGCCAUCUAUGUGUGUGUAGAUGGGAGAUGUGGGACCAGUGUGGCUGUAUCCCCAGUCUCCUCUUGACUGUGUCGUGGCUGAUCCUAAAAAAGGCUCUAAGAUGUACGGCCUGAAGAGUUACAUAGAGUACCAGGUCACACCCAAUACGACCAACAGACCUGUCAAUCAUAGGUAUAAGCAUUUUGAUUGGCUGUUUGAGCGCCUGUUGGAAAAGUUUGGUUCUGCCAUACCCAUCGCCUCGCUGCCUGACAAACAGGUCACAGCUCUACCUAAGGAGUACCAGAACAUUGGAAAGGCCUUUCAGAACCUGUCAUCUGUCUUCAACACCAGUGGAUAUACAGGAGAGGCCACGCUCACAGAUGCUCUCACAGCUGCAGGGAAAACAUACGAGGAGAUCGCACAGAUCGUAGCCGAGCAGCCGAGAAAAGACCUUCAUUUCCUGAUGGAAACCAACAACGAAUACAAUGGGCUGCUAGGCUGCUUCCCUGAUACUAUAGGAGUACACAAGGCAGCUAUAGAGAAGGUGAGGGAAGGGGAUAAGAUGGUGGCAGCAGGGAAGAUCACCACACAGGACAAAGUGACCAUGAUCAAACGUACCAGCAUCAUGUCCUACUCACUACAAGCUGAGAUGAACCACUUCCAUAGCAACCGUAUCUAUGACUACAACAGAGUUAUGCAGCUCUACCUGGAAGAACAGAUCAGGUUCUAUGAAAUGAUUGCUGAGAAGCUGAAGCAAGCCCUGGGCCAGUUUACCACACUGUGACGGGAAACACAUGCACACACACAUUUCUCUGCUCCUCUCUGCUUCGUGGACCAACAACCUUAAACUCCUCUUCUAUGGACAUACUGGGAUGGACUGGUGUCUCAAUGAUCUAGAUGGAAGACUGUGUCACCCUGUGCCUUUAAACUACAGGACGAGCUAGAGAUAACGGUGUUAUAUUUCAAUGUUACAGUGCAGAACAACCUGUUCAGUUUAGUUUCCUAACCCUUUAAUGUUGACCUAUCUCUUUAUUUAUAAUAUAGAUAUAUGUAGUAUUGAUAUUUCUGAAUAAGUGUCAUAUUAUUCUUAUUGUGGAUUAGAGAGGCGAGACAGAGAGAGAAGAUAGGAGAGAGGGAGACUGAGAAAGAAGAGAGGGAGACUGAGAGAGAGGAGAGGAGAAAGGGGAGACAGAGAGAGGAGAGAAAGGGGAGACAGAGAAGAGAGAAAGGGGAGACAUAGAGAGAAAAGAGGAGAG